UGCCGUUAAUCCUACGUCAAUUGCUUUACUUUAUUAUCUAGAACCAGGCUGGCCUGCCCUCUCUCAAUGAUAAUCUAUUAUACUUGCCUCUGAAUCAUCUCUCUCUCUCUCUCUCUCUCUCUCUCCAUCGCCAAAAAUCAAUCAUCAGCUAUCCUUGCCCUCUCUCCAUCAGGCAUUUCAGUGAGGUAGAUCACAUCUUUGAUUGAGCUCAUAGGAGUGUAUUGUAUUUAUGGCAUCGAAACGUAUAUCGAAGGAGCUCAAGGAUUUACAGAAGGACCCUCCUACAUCAUGCAGUGCCGGUCCUGUGGCUGAAGACAUGUUCCAUUGGCAAGCAACGAUUAUGGGACCUUCUGAGAGCCCGUACGCUGGAGGCGUGUUUCUGGUUUCUAUUCACUUUCCUCCUGACUAUCCUUUUAAGCCCCCUAAGGUGGCAUUCAGGACAAAGGUCUUCCACCCAAACGUUAAUAGUAAUGGAAGUAUUUGUCUCGAUAUUCUGAAAGAACAAUGGAGUCCAGCAUUAACCAUAUCCAAGGUCCUGUUGUCCAUAUGUUCCCUAUUGACGGACCCCAACCCCGAUGACCCACUCGUGCCUGAAAUAGCUCACAUGUACAAGACAGACAGGAACAAAUAUGAGGCCACUGCUCGCAGCUGGACACAAAAGUAUGCCAUGGGAUAAUGAUGGUAAAAUGAACCACCCUUGCUCUUCUAAAGAUUAUGCAACCAUUGUGCUUCGGCUGAUAGAAUAAAAAGUGUUCGUAAGGACGUUUGUUUAACUAACCUCGUAGACUUAAAACUCUCCAAGCAAGUUGGAUCCCUUAAUUUGUGAAUAUUGAUUCUUGGAUAUUGGAAAUGAGGGCAAAGAAAAAUACGCCGUAA